AUGUUUGCGUCCGGCGGAUUCCAUCUCCGGAAAUGGGCCUCGAACAGUGCUGCAGUAUUAGAAGGAGUUCCUGAUGCAGAUUUGGAGUUGAAGAUCCCAAUCGAAGAGAACGGAAGCUGUACUAUCAAGGCCCUCGGAAUGCAAUGGCAGCCGUGCAGUGACGAGCUCCAUUUCUCCUACCAACCUACCGAGAUCCUUCAGCCCACAAAACGCAACAUCCUAUCGCAAAUCGCCAGCCUAUUCGACCCGCUCGGCCUUCUUGCACCGAUCAUCGUGAAGGCAAAGCUGGUGAUGCAGCGUAUGUGGGAGCUGAAGGUGGCCUGGGAUGCAACUCCCCCCGGUGAGUUAACAAACGAUUGGUUAAUAUUGGUGCAAAAGUUCUCGCUUCUCAACUCGUUUCAGAUUCCCCGCCAUGUGAUCGACAUGCGCAGCUGGACUCGUCUCUACCUGCACGGCUACUGCGACGCAUCCGAUGUGGCCAUGGGCGCUUGCAUCUACAUUCGGGCUGUUGAUAACGAUGGAAAUUCUUCCUCGCAUCUUCUCUGUGCAAAAUCGAAGCUGGCACCCAUCGGCAACGGCAGAACCACCACACCCCGGCUUGAGUUGUGUGCAGCAGUUAUUCUCGCGCGAUUGAUCUCUAACGUGAGAGCUGCUCUGUCGGCAACGGACUUCUACGAGGUGCGAGCGUUCUCCGAUUCCAAAGUCGUCCUGGCAUGGCUGGCCGGUGGAAGACAUUUGUGGCGAACCGUGUUGCAGAGAUUUCCACUCAUCUACCCUCUAUCAACUGGAGUCAUGUAG